GCACGUCGAGCAGAGAUGACGUCACCGGGAGUUUGCUCUCAGAACCUAUCAGGAGACGACAGCUCACUCCCGCCGCAGAAGAAAAGCAACAUGGCCGCAGCUCGCAGUGGGAAGAGCGGACUCCUGGAGAAAUGGAGAAUCGACGAGAAGCCGGUGAAGAUAGACAAGUGGGACGGGGCCGCUGUGAAGAACUCCCUGGACGACGCCGCCAAGAAGGUGGUGCUGGAGAAGUUUGGCUACGUGGAGAACUUCGGGCUGGUGGACGGCCGUCUGCUGAUCUGCACGGUCUCCUGCCUGUUCGCCAUCUUGGCGCUGAUCUGGGACGACCUCCGGCCCUUCCCCCAGUCCAGGCCGGUCCUGGCCUGCUGCGUGGUCUCCUACUUCAUCAUGAUGGGCGUCCUGACGCUCUACACCUCCUACAAGGAGAAGAACAUCUUCCUGGUGGCCCUGCAGAAGGACCCGGCGGGGAUGGACCCGGACCACGUCUGGCAGCUGUCCUCCUCCCUCAAACGGUUCGACGACCAGUACACGCUGCGGGUCUCCUUCACCCACGGAAAGACUGGCGUCCAGCGGGAGAGCGAGUUCACCAAGUCGGUGGCCGCCUUCUUUGACCAGAACGGGACUCUGGUGAUGGACCAGUUUGAGAAGUGCGUCUCUGGGCUUCACGACACGUUGGCUGGCGACAAGAAGACCAAGUGACGCUCGGGUCCGCCGAGUCCUCCGCCGCGUCUCGUCUGCCGCCCGUCACCUGCCUGUGUCUCCAACCUUCUGACCAAUAAACUUGUGUCUGCUCGCU